AUGGAUCACUGGGGCGACCCUUGGAGCGACAAUGCCAACGACGCGUCUGCCUCGAAGGCCGAGGUGACAUCGCCGCUGCCAUCGGCGCACACCUCGGCGCCGGUGCUUCUGAACGGAUUUCUGGAUGACGCAGGAUGGGGGAAUGAAGAUCACAGCUUCGGCGAUUGGGCAAUCGCUCCGCAGCCUACGGUACCGACCGCAACGACACCACAUGCGCUCACGGGUGAUGCAAAAACCCCUGAUGGCCAUGAUCCAUUUCAGGUUGGCAGAGAGUGGGAUGUGGAGGGACAUGGCGAGUCUACACCACCGGUAGACGGUCACGGUUGGCAUCAGGAACACCGCACCGGAGCUGGAACAGACAGCGUACCUUCAGAAGCAUCCGAUUCAACGACCACUGUCCAACAAGGCAGUUCGCCGCAUGACACGACAAUUGAAUCUUUGGGCCAAAUACAGCCCGACGAUGAUUCUUCUGCUCGUCCAUCUACGUCGCUCUCUGAGAGAAGUCACAAUGAGCCACCAGCAGAAUCGCCACGGACAUCCAUUGAAGAAGAUCGUGGAGCAAACAAGUCCUCGGGUCAUGGGCUAGAUGUCCCCGAGGAAUCUGCCGUGGAGUCGCGGCAAGAGGGCAAAGGAAGAUCCGAAUCCGUCCAAGAAGGUGUGCCCGACGAAGCGGCCAGCUUUUUGACGAAAAAUAACACCAAAAGAGUCCCCCAGAAAGACAAUGUUCUUGGUUCGAACGUUGGUGACAUUGAAGAAGAUACAUCGCCAGACUCGCAAUCAUUCCAAAAUGAACCUGCGCCUGCCCAACAGAUAUUCAAAGACAAUAUCUUCCGAGUUGACACAACACUCUUGGAUGAGCUCUUUCGUCCUCUCCAGAAAUUAGGCAAACAAGACGAAGAGGCACCAGAUGAUCCAAUCUAUUCGACAGCAGCACGAAAAGCUUGGUACAGGCUUACACGCAAACAAACACUCCGAGAGUACAACAACGGCAAUGCAGAUGACAAUUAUAUCCGAGUUACGUGGGCGAAUUCAGAGAUUAGAAAAGAAGUGAACAAAGUUGUAGGAAGGUGGGCGCGCGAGGAUCGCCUCUCUGGCACUGGCCCUGGCGCAAGAGCGUCUUUCUAUUGGGACACGUCUGCACCAUUGGAGCCCAAGAGACCGUUGGUUCACUCACGCACGAAGUCUCAUGUCCCAACUCCACGCGCCGUCAUUCCUGCAAGGCAAAGUCUUCCACCAGUGAACACAAGUGCAUCGGCAGCUUUCGAUUGGAGCUCUGCUGAGACCGCCGACUAUUGGAAGCUUGACAGUCCUGCACCACGCUCUGCAUCUUCACCUCUAACAGCAAACCCAGUCCAGGCAUGUCAGCUAAAUCGAGAGAGUCGGGCUGUUUCGGUGACAACUACAUCCCCAGAUUUAGGGAUGUGCGAAAUAGUUUCAAUCCAACCUUUUGAAACCAUGGGCGCAGCAGAUCCAAUUGCACCACCUCCUAUAACUUCUUCGCUCCCAGCGCUCACAGAACCACUUAACACCUCCGGCAGUAUCGAUACGAAAAUAAAGCAAACUGAUGAUGAUGGUGCUGCUGUUGCUCCAGUAGAGGAUGACGAUGAAUGGGGAGAGAUGGUAGGCAGUCCAAUCCCAACACAACUUGAAACUUCAAAAACGAUUUUGCAAGCUGCACUUGCUAGCGACACCCUUCCCGCACUGCCUGCGACACCACCGUCGAACCGAUCAUUCUUCGUGCAAAAGCAGCCUGCAGAUACCAUGCAGACCUCGCACAUUACGCGCCUGAAAGGCACCAUUUCUCCAACUUCGGCCAUCUUUGGACCCAGGUCUUUCGUUUCAUUGGGUGUAGAACAGGGUCCUGUUGGUCCAGGAAUCUUGAAGCCGGUCAAACGACCUGAAAUGGUCAUAUUCGACCAUGAUCCGAAGAAGCCAUCGUCUGUACUACCUGCCGACUUUGCUGUGUUACACAAGUCAGAGAAUGAUUGUGCAGACCCAGUUGGUGCACCAUGUGACGAGACAAUUAUCGACAUUCCGCACCUUGAGCCAGCAUUCGCACCAACGGAAGAUGACGGAAGCUCUACCUUUGCUUCUGUCACAUCGUCUCCGCCUCCAGCGGGUACAGACACUCUGCAAACGAACACUGCAUCACAGCAACCCAUAGCUGAUGCGUGGGCAAAUGUAGACUUCUCCUUCUUCGAGUCCGCUCAGCCCGUACCGGUACCCGCCCAACCAAAGCUGGGUGAUUCGGAUGCGUUCUCUAUAUUCGAGACUCCCGCAAGAUCAGCACGGUCAUCAAGUGGAGCCUCGUCAAAAAGUAAUGCUCGCUCUCCGCCACGAGCCUCACCAUUGCCGAUCCAGUCGUUGACUGGUGCGACGAAUGCCGCGCAACGAAGAAAAGACGAGGAAGAACAAACGAUUAGAGACAUUUUGAGUAGACUACCAAACUUGGCAUACAUGUUACGAUGA